GCACUUUUAAUAAUGAAAAUUCCAAAUAUACUGAAUUAUUUUUAGCAGCAAAAUGGAUAAUUCCAACGUAGAUCUGCAAGUGUCUGAUGAAAAUAAUGAUUUACCACCGCCACUCAGUUUACUUGGCGAUGCCGCAUCUAGAGCAGCCAAAAUUAAUUUCGCACCUGCCCCCCUUGAAGAACUUACUGCUCCAAAAUCCAUUGGUGAUUUGUGUAAAGUAGCAGCUGCACAACAAAAAGAGCAACAAGCCUUGCUUAAACAACACCAAGAUCUUAUCGACAGGAUUAAAAAACUCGACUCAUACAUUGAGGAAAAAAAGAAGGAAAAGGCAAAUCUCAUGCACGAUUUAUCAUUGACUAGCGAAGACUACAAGAUAGCGGCAAAACCUUUGAUUAAAGCAGUCAAAAAGUAUUCCACCUGCCUAGACAUGCAAAUUAGUAUCAACCAACAUGAAAAUGAACAAUUCUUUGUGGCUGCAGUUAAAUUUUCCACUAAACCACAAAGUAAACCAAUCAAUUUUAUAAUUGAUUUGAAAAACAGAAAUAUUUUAGAUUUUGAUGCUGAAACUGCCUUGGGUGCAGAUGAAGCUGGGAAAUUGAAGCAACAAGCAAAGACUGAAGACGGUUGGGAUCUUGAUAUAGUUUUAAAGAAAUUGAAGGAUUCUUCAAUUUAAUUAUAGUCAUUGUUUGUUUAAUUUCUGAUAUCUUCUUGAUAAAAGUGCAGUAUAGCUUGGUCACCUGACACCUGAAAUGUUUUUUUUCUUCUGAUUAUAUGUUUUAAUAUAAUAUAUUCUUAUGAUUCA